UGUUGAUUGUUAUGGGUUUGACUCAUUUCUAAAAGUAUGUUAAAGUUGUUAGUCUUGUGUUUUUUGGUUCCUAGAAAAAGUGUAGAAUGAAAUUAGAUUAUUUAAGUCACUGUUUCCAACCAGUGUCAUGGUUAUUUUCGUUUGUUAAAUGAUUAAGUCGUCAAAGCUACGUCACUGGGACGGUUGUGAAACUACGUCUAAGUUGCCAGCUGACUUCUCAACAGACUGGAUGUAACCCUGUGACCUCUGGUUGCCAGGGAGCGAGAAGUGGGGCCAUGGCUGCUGGGGCUACGGUCGGGGAGAGCCAACUCCAGAGGAUUAUCCGAGAUCUGCAUGAGGCCGUUGCAGAGCUUGCAAAGGAGUACAGGGAAACUGGGGAGCCAAUUACAGAUGACAGCACAAAUCUACACAGAUUCUCCUACAAACUGGAGUAUCUGCUCCAGUUUGACCAGAAGGAGAAGACAUCAUUUCUUGGUACUAAGAAAGACUAUUGGGAAUAUUUCAAUGACUGUCUGGCAAAGAUAAAAGGAGCCAACGAUGGUAUCCGUUUCGUCAAAUCCAUUGCUGAGCUGAAGACGUCUCUGGGGAAAGGCCGAGCAUUUAUCCGCUACUCCCUCGUACAUCAGCGAUUGGCUGACACGCUGCAGCAGUGCCUAAUGAACCAGAAAGUCACCAGUGACUGGUACUAUGCAAGAAGCCCAUUCCUGAAGCCCCACCUUAGUGUCGAUAUAAUCAGUCACCUGUAUGAGCUCAACGAGGUGCAGUUUGACGUGGCGUCUAGAGGUCAUGAUCUUGAUGCCUCCUGGCCAACAUUUGCAAGGAGGACAUUGGGAUCUGCAAAUUCACUUGGCCACUUAUGGAAACCACCUAGUCGCAGUUCCAGUAUCACCAGUCUGGCCAGUACCUAUUCACAGCAAGCACACGAGUUUCCUUCCAGCCCCGACUAUGGACAGGGUCUUAUGAAUGAUCUGAAUGAGUCUCUGCCUGCUUGCAUAGAAGAUGUCAGCACAGCUGAGGACCUUCGUCUGGAGCUAGACCAGUCAGAGCUAAAGCAACGGGAGCUACUUGAUAAGGUGCAGCAGCUCGGUGAGGAGGCUUCUGAGCUCAGGGGAGUCGUUGUGGAGCUUCAGAGACAGCUUGAUGUGUCACUCGCUGCCCAGGAGGAGCACCAGAGCUUGCAGGCACAACUCAAGGCUGGUCAGGAUAGAGAGCAGACUCUGUCUAAAGAAGUUGAAGAGCUUAGGACAGGGGAAAAGGCAAAGGAUGUUCAGCAUGUCUUACUUCAGGAGAAGCUGUCAGCUGCAGAGGGGAAGAACGUAGAGCUCAUGGCCAAGUUGGAUGGGAUUCUCAAUGAGAAGGGCCAGCAGGCAGCCAGUUACUUUGACUCGGCACAGAAGAUUCACGAGUUGUUGGACCGAUUGAAAGAGGCAGAGAGAGGAAAGAUGGAGGCUGUAGGUGAGAUGGAAGACAAGAGGAGACACGCAAUAAGGCUAGAGGAGGAGCUGACACUCAAGGAGGCAACAGUAAAAGAAAGUGAAACCAAGCUUGAAGCAUUAGCUGCAUCUGUGUCUGAAGAGAAGGCUAAGUUGGAGGUGAAAGUGGAGGAACAGUGCAGUGUCCUUGAAAAGCUGCAGGGGAGCUUGACGUUGAGGGACAAGGAGGCAAACAACCUACAGAGGCAGCUGCAGGACCUCCAAAGAUCUCUAGAGGAUAAAGAGAAAGAGUUGGAUGAGGUGAAGAGGAGGGCACAAGAAGAUAUAGAUGAAAUACAAAAAAAUGUUUGCAGUUUGAGAGAUUCUUUAGAAGGAGAAGUUGCUACCCUUACAGAGCACCUCAAGAGGAAAGACGCAGAGCUGAACUCUAGCAGUGAGGCAUUACAGCAACUAAAAGCCAAGAACCAGAGCUUAAACAUAGAGAGAGAACAAAUGACCUCCAGCCUCGCUGAACACGAGGGUAUGAUCAAAGAACAGGCGGCAAAGGCUGAAGACUAUGAGGUGCAGUGUGCCGGUCUAAUGGAAUUAAAAGAAAAACUUCUCAACACAGUGAGUAGAAAUGAGGAGAUGCAGAAAGAGAUGAUAGAAAACAGAAAAGUGCUUGAGGCUGAAUUGGCAACUUUAAGGGCCUCGGAGAAACAGCUCAGAGGACAGUUGGAUGACACCAAGAUGACAGUAGAUGAAAAAGAGAAGAGACUACGUGAGGAAAACCGCAAGCUGGAUGAGAGUCUGCAACGCGCCACCAUGGCUGCAAAGCUGUCGGAGAUGACCUCCGAGCGGCUGGAGCAGGAGAAUCAGAGUCUGCGUGAGGAGCAGGAAAUUGUGAAAGCAGCUCUAAGUCGCAUGCAGGUAGACUUGAAGAAUGUUCACGGGCAGAUCGGAGAGUUGGAGAAGAACUUGGGGGCAUCACGCAAAAACGAGGCGAGUCUUCAAGAACAGCUAAGAACCAAAGAGGCCCAGAUAGAGAAUAAAGAGAAGGACUUUGAAAAGUUGUUGUCCACAUUAAAAGCGUUAGAGACUAAGGAAAAGGAGCUUGAACUUGCCAAAGCCAACGCAGAAGCAACUUGUGCCAGACAGACAGAGGUGAUCGAAAGGAUCACAUCUGAGAAAAAGGCAAUGGAGACGUCACAUUUGGAAAGGAAUGAGGCUCAAGUGGAGGAUAAGCACAAAGUUACCACUAAAUUAACUGUGGUUGAAGGCCAGUUGGAGCUUAGCAUGAAAGAGGUGUCCAGGCUCCAAGCAGACGUCUUGGACCUGAAGGUGAAAACGCAGAGAUCUGAGGAGGAAAAGUUGAAAUCCCAAGCACAAUUGGAAGUGACAGAAGCCCAAAGAGAUGAGCUCAGGUCUCUUACCGAGCAGCUUAAAGGCCAAACGGAAGCAUUGAAUUCGAACCACGUAGCAGAGCUUAUGGAGUGCAAAAACAAAGAAGAAGCCCUUACUGAACAGCGUGAUCGAGAGGUUGCUUCCCAUGCGGAGUUGGCCAUCUCUGCGGCUGCCCUCCGAGAAGAGUUGUCCACCCUGAAAGCUGGAAACAACCGACUAAAAUUAGAGAACAAUGAGAUCCGCGAGGGUCUGCACAGAGCAAACACUGAGACGGCAGAGCUGGGGAUGACCAUCUGUAAGCUAAGUGCAGAAAAGGAGGACCUCAAAGAGCAAUGGGCUGGCAACGCUGCUACAAUUGAAGGUUUAGAAAAGAAGGUAGAACAACUGAAGGACUGUAUUGAAGGCCUGCAGCUUGAAAAAAACACUUUACAAAAAGAGCUAACACAAAAAGAGGCACUUCCAGAGACUAUUACGGAGCUCAAGGAAGAGCUGGAAAAGACAAAGAACAACAUGAAAAGUGUCAAGGUGUCCUGCAGAGAGGAGGUGGAGGCUGCCAAGUUCCAUAUGAGCUCAGAGAGCAUGACUCACCAGGUCCAGAUCAAGAGUGUUAAUGAACAGUUGGACGCGGUGAAAGCUCAGCUGGAGGAAGAGCUGAGCAACGUGUCCACCUUGAACGCCAAAGUCUCUGAACUAGAGGCUGCCACUGAGGAAUAUUUGCAACUAAUAGGCGAGAAAGAUGAUUACAUCACAAAGACAGAAGCAACCAUUCGUGAGAAUAACGACGAGAUUCAGCAGCUCAGAAACGCAGCAACCAGUGCUGAAGAGGCACACUUUAAUGUGCAAAAGGUGUGUGAGGAACUGAAGCAGAAACUAGAGGCAACAGAAGCUGACAAGCAAAGCGAGCAUCUGAAGAUGACUGCAGAGAUCGAUGACCUCAACAGAACCAAGAUGAACCUUGAAGAGCGGCUCAUUGAGCUUAUAAAGGACAAAGAUGCUCUGUGGCAGAAGUCAGACGCUUUGGAGUUUGAGCAGAAGUUGCGAGCGGAAGAGCGCUGGUGGUUGGUGGAUAAGGAGGCCACACACUGUCUGGGCUGCCAGGGCCAGUUCACCUGGUGGCUGCGCAGACAUCACUGCAGGCUUUGUGGACGCAUCUUCUGUUAUUACUGCAGCAACAACUUCGUGAUGACCAAGCACAGUGGGAAGAAGGAGCGGUGCUGCAGAGAUUGCUACACCGAGCACAGUGCGGUGGUGGAGAGGUUCACAGAAGCAGAGCUGAGUCCUUCCGAUGUUCUGCCUCCUCCCCCUGGAGCUGGACCUCAGCCACCUCUGGAACCAGCUCCGUAUAAACCCACUCCCAGGGUAACGGUUAUCGACCCCAGUAACAGGUCUGAUGACGGAGCAUUUGACAUCAUCACAGAGGAGGAGGUGAAUGGCGUCUACGACAGUGACGUUGCAUCUCAAACGACGGGAGGCUCCCUGGAGGGGGAACAAGACCUACGGCUUCCAGGAGCAAUGGAAAUAGGCACAGGAGAUGUGACCCCUGAUGAGGAACAAGUGCCCACUGUUCAGGAUUCAGAGAUUAACCUUCUCAAAUCAGGAGAGAUCACAAUGGCUGUCCCCCUCAGCACUGAUGAGAUUUCUCAGUUUGGUGACGGUUCCAGAGAGCUCUUCAUCAAAUCCAGCUGUUACAGUGUCAUCACCGUCACUGUGGCCGACUGUGGGCCUAGUAUUAGCUGGGUGUUUUCCUCCGAACCCAAGAGUAUCUCUUUUAGCGUUGUUUAUCGGGAAUCCUGUGACACUCAGGUGGAACAGUCAAAGGUCCUCAUUCCUCUCACUCGUUGCAAUUCCCAUAAAGAGACAAUUCAAGGACAGCUGAAAGUGCGGCACCCCGGCCUCUACACCCUCAUCUUUGACAACUCCUUCUCACGUUUCAUCUCCAAGAAGGUUUUUUACCAUCUCACCAUGGAGAAGCCCAUAAUCUACGACGGAAGUGACGGCCCCUGAUGUGUAACUCUACAGACGCUCCCGCAGAGGUCGCCUUCUCUGUGACGGCUGAAGGGAAACUGACAAGUUGACAUUUCAGUGGCUUUUCCUCCUCUUCUGUGCUGCAAACCAAGUGUUUUAUGUGUUUUUAUAUUUUAGAAAUGUUGAUUUUUAUUUGAUCUAGAGGUGUUGUGUCACCCAAGUAAGUCAUUGUUUAAAAAAGGAAAACUGUUUUAUAAUGUUAGAGCUAUGCAAGUUUGAGCACAUUUACUGUAGUCUCCUAUAGUCUCCAAGUAAUCUGAAUACUUUUCUUCAAGUUACUCUGGUUUUUCUUCUUUUUUUUUUUUUUAUCUUCUUGAUUUAGGAGUCUUCAAUUUUUUUCUUUAAUUGAAUUUUUUCCAAAUAUGCUGUAAGAUUUUGCAGAUGGACAAUCAUCACAAGUAGCACUAGCAAUGUUUUUAAAUUCACCUGAAUUUUUUUUUUUUAUUUAAAUUUGUGCUUUUAUUUGUAACCUCCCCCUCUACCCCGAAAAAAACAAAGACGAAGAACUGCAGGCCAGUGUUUUACUUGCUGCAAGUUCUGAAAUUAGCUUUUAAAAAGCACAGUUUGUGUUUCAUAACAAAGCACAAACCUUUGUGCAAACCUCAGGAUGAGAACAUAGUCGUCUCGGUAGCAUGUCCUAAAAGAACACAGAAGGAACUAACAGAACACCACAGACUUCUUACUUUGUGAGGAAACCUGCACACCAGCUUUCUCCAUCCAGCCUGCGCUGAACCUACACCGUGUACGUUCAGACUCUAGAUAGUUUGUGUUGUUACAGCGGCUUGAAGUUAAAUUAUUCUAUUGAUUGUCAGCUACAGAGCCACUGUAUCUUUAAAGUGCCUUUUAGUUCUACUGGCCAGGGACUAGUUUGCUUUAAUAAUGGUAUGUGUGACCAUUUGUUAUCCUCACAAACCAUCACACAAGGUUUCACCUAAGUCACAUUGAGCACAGUCACAUAUGUUUGUAUCAAGUAAAGGGAUUUUUUUUUUCCACAUUUGGCUUUUAUUUUAAAUUCUGGAGUUGUUUUUGACGUAGUAUUAGAUUACACUCUGUUUUGGGUCACUCGUGGACUCGGUCUUAACACUACUUAGCCAGCAAUACAUCCUGCUUUUGGAGAAGUCGGUUUGUGUUUCAUAUGACGACUUUUCUACUUCUGAGGGAUGGUAAUAUAUGCACAUUGUACUCAAAUCCUCAUCCUAUUUCCUCUACAGACCUGCACUUUGCAAAUUAUAUUUUUAAUUGUCAUAAACAAAACUCUUGAUAUUGGUCAAAUAGUUUGCACAGGGACAGAUUUUUCUACCUACUUUUUUUGAAGGAUUCUUUUAAGGGGAGUAAAAAAGUGUGGAAAAUCGUUGUGACAGGUGCUGAGUGUUGUAACUCAAAUCAAAUGUGUCAAACACCAAGUAAACAUGAAUAAAAUAUGAGAGUG